CUGAAUGGGCUACCAGGAGAGUCAUGGACCGCAUCUGCAUCCCAGCAAACCAUAAAAAAGCAUGAAAAUGAAUUCGGAUCGUUUCAGCCUCACUGUUGACGAGUAUUUAGCUGAAACGAAUGUCCUCUUUUAUCUCAAUGAUGCAGUCACACAGCUACUUGAACAUAAAGAGGAAUACACUCAAUUUGGUGUGGUCCGAUAUUUUGCAGAAUAUUUUACUAGUGUGAAGAAUGGGAAUCAUGUGCUCUUCAGGGAAUUCAGUUACAUCAAAGCAACACCUCAUAACAAAGAGUCUUUCAUCCAUAUCUUCUGGAAAUGCUUCCGACAGAUUGGAAAGAAUGGGGAUCUGUUGGCAAUGUCAGAAUACAGUUCACUUUUACAGCUGUUAUGCCCUGACUUUCCCACUGAGAUGGUACAAAACACAGCCAGGAUUGUCCUGAUAGACGAUGCCACUGAUUGUCUGUCAUUCUCCGAUUUUAUUUAUUCAUUCCAAAUCCAGUUCUAUUAUGAAGAGUUUGUAGAGAGUGUGUCUGUGAUUUACCAAGACCUGUUGUCAGGGAAGAACCCAAACACCGUCAUAGUCCCGACCUCCACCUCUGUGGAACAGCUGUCCAGCGCAGCCAAUGAGGAGCCGGACGCUCAAGAAGGCGUAGACUCCUCCAUCUUUUGUGAAUGUAUAGAGGGUCUUUGUGAGAGGUUCAAACACAAGUUUCCCUCCAUUGUUGCCAUUAAGGAGAUAUUAGAGAGCAGUCAGCGAGUGUCUUUCUAUAGCUUCCUGAUGGCCUUGGCCAAACAUGAGGGAGUAAACCAAGACAUCAGUGCUCUUCCCAAUAAAUCGGACCUGCUGAUUGAUCCAGAGAUGGACCAGGAGCUGGAGAGACUCAUAGCUCAAGUUGCCAUCAGCCCGACGUCCAACAACAGCAGCAGCAGCGCUGCGGGACAGAAGGAGACGUCCAAGAAGGCCUCGCCACGCAAGUCCCUGCACCAACGCAAGAGGAUCGAAAUGGAGAGCGACGGUUCCACGGAGGAGACAGACUCCUCUGAGAAUUAACACGCACAUCCCUGCUUGCUAGCGUCUUUUUGAUUUUUUAGACAGCAGUUAUGCUGGUUCACUGAUUUGAUUAGUCAAGUGGUCGUUCCAGCAGUGCUGAUGCAUCUCUCUGCCUGCGCUCACUCUUCCAUUUCUAUGGGCUACACUGUAACCCACUUACUUUCAUUGCUGAAACCAUAAAAUAAACAAAUUAGCCAUCCA